GAAUAUGGCGGCCAGCUCGGAUCGCAUUCCUCCUCCUUUCCCGGACACGGAGGACCCGGGAGCCGGACCGUGUGACAUGGCAGACGGGGACAGCGACGAGGGAGAGGACAUCUUCGUCAAUAACAGCAACCCUGUGGCUGUGAGUCGAGGAGUUUCUCAGCCGGAGAAUGUCAAUGAAGAGCCUCCAGAUCUGUUCAGUGAGGAGGAGGCCAGCAGCACGCCGGCCAGAUCCAACGGAGUUCACUCCGAUGAUGACAACGACCUGUUUGCUGAGGCUCAGGUGGAGCUGAGCACCGACACGCCAGGCAGCUCUGGCCCAAAGGAGCUCUCCACCUCCUCUGGCCCUCCUCCAUCUUCCUCCUUCACUCAUAGCCCUGGAGCCAUGCAGCCCGCCUCCUUGGAGCAGUUGGAGGAGGAAGAGGACACGGAUAGUUUUGAUCUGGAUGUUGCCGUCACCAACCCUGAGAAAGUUGGAGAUGGCAUGCAUGCAUAUGUGGCCUACAAAGUAUCCACCAGGACCUCCUUGGCCAUGUUCAGGAAUAAAGUCUUCUAUGUGAGGAGGCGUUACAGUGACUUCCUGGGUCUUUAUGAGAAGCUGUCGGUCAAGCAGUCGCUCCACGGCUGCAUCAUUCCACCACCACCUGAGAAAAGUGUCGUAGGAAUGACCAAAGUGAAGGUGGGAAUGGACGACCCGUCCUCAGUAGAGUUUGUGGAAAGAAGAAGGGCAGCUCUGGAGAGGUAUCUUCAGAGAGUCGUGUCUCACCCAUCGUUACUACAAGAUCCUGACGUCCGUGAGUUCUUGGAGAGAGAGGAGCUCCCCAGGGCAGUGAGCACCCAGACGCUGAGUGGAGCUGGCUUCCUCAAAAUGAUCAAUAAGGCAUCAGAUGCUGUCAACAAGAUGACCAUCAAGAUGAAUGAGUCAGACACUUGGUUUGAGGACAAGUUCCAGGAGAUGGAGAAUGAGGAGCAGCAGUUGAGGAAGCUUCAGGCGGUGGUCGACUCCCUGGUCAACCACAGGAAGGAGCUGUGUGGGAGCACGGCAGUAUUUGCCAAAAGUAUGGCCAUGUUGGGAAACUCCGAGGACAACACGGCCCUCUCAAGGGCACUGUCCCAGCUGGCGGAGGUGGAGGACAAGAUGGAGCAGCUGCAUCAGGAGCAGGCAGCCAGUGACUUCUUCAUCUUUGCAGAGCUGCUGGCCGACUACAUCCGCCUCCUUGGUGCUAUGCGCGGGUGUUUUGACCAGCGUGUGCGGGCGUGGCAGCGAUGGCAGGAGGCUCAGAGCACACUGCAGAAGAAGAGAGAGGCCGAGGCCAAGCUGCUGUGGGCCAACAAGCCGGACAAACUGCACCAGGCCAAAGACGAGAUCACCGAGUGGGAGGCGAGGGUGACUCAACACGAGAGAGAUUUCGACAGGAUUGGCAUGACUGUACGCAAGGAGGUUCUCAGGUUUGAGAAAGAAAAAGCCAAGGACUUCAGGAGCCAGAUAGUCAAAUAUUUGGAUGCAAUGCUGCAGUCUCAACAACGGCUUGUGAAGUUUUGGGAGGCGUUCCUGCCUGAGGCAAAGGCAAUAGCUUAAUGAAGAGGGAGACUUUUUUUUGAGACCCCAACUGCCUUUUUUCAAACACUUUACCUCUUGACCACAAACUGAGGACAAUUUUGAAACACACAAGAACCUUCCAUCCAUCUUUUUUUCUCUCUUUUUAAUCAUAGUGUAUUCUCUUAUCUUGUACAGUUCUUUGAUAUGAUAAGCUGCCGCAUUUACACAACAUUUCUUUGGCGUAAUUCCUUGUUUUAUGUUCUUGACUGAAAGAUGGUAUGAAGCAGGAGAUUAACCUGGCCGUAGUGUUUAUUAAACCCACUGCUGUCAGUGGGUUAUGUAUUUAUGUUUCUCGCUUAAACCAGUAUAUUAACGUGUAAGCACUAAGGUACCGCCCUAGAGUAACAUUGUCUAUAGUUUACAUUAGGAGAUAGACGUAUGUAAGUCAUUCCAGCCUCUAACUGCUUAUGUUGAUGAAUGCAUGUCAGAUAAUGUUUUGAUGCACUACAAUGCAUUGUACAGUUUGGAAAAGCUGAUUUUUACUAAAAGACCACUAUUGAUGACUGAGGUCAUUUACAAGGAGUAUUGGCACAUUAUUGGUGUAUCAAAUAAUGCAUAUUAGAUGAUAGAAAUCAUAUGAACACUCAGAUUUGACUGGGUUACGGAGUUGUUAGAAAAAAGAUUAAAGAAACUUAAGGUUACAGUGAGUGCAGGUUGAGAAAAUGAAAUCGCUGGUUUGUUGGUUUUUUUCUACGAUGAUGUAUUUGCUAGAAUUGUGUUUAUUAUAUUAAUCUAUUUCUUCCACAACAGUUUUAAGUUCUUAAGUCCAAAGUAACUCAUCUGGAGCUGCUGCAGAGAAUGUUUACUGCCCUUAAAUGACUUUUGACAUGUAUGUACACAUGUACAGUACUUGAAUCGAAUCAUACAACUACUGUUCGAUAUUAUUAGUAACCAUACGUGUUUUUAAUAAAUUGGUCAAAUAGUGGCAAAAAGGCACAGACAUUCAAAUGUAAUGGUCCCUUAUUUUCCUAUUCUGCAUUUGUAGGUGUAGUUUUUCUGUCAUGUCAUCUUUACGUAAGAAUGUGCUUUAUUUUUGUAACCACUUUUCAUUGGCACACACAUUUUCCUGGAAAUGCUAAACAGGUAGAUGUACAAAAUUAAAAAUGAUUGGUUAAGCUU